AUGCCCACUGCCAACAAGCAUCACCCACCGUCAGUGAGAAAAGUAGCAUUGAGGGAUUUACACAAUGAGACCAGAAACAUUAUUGUCCGGCCUCAGGGUACUUCCCUUACCAAGCAAAGAAGACCCUUUUCUGAAGCAGUCAACGUGUCUGGCGCAAAGAGGCAUCACCCUGACUGCCCCCCAAGUCCACGCCACCCAUCAGAGUCCAGCGCGGUGGCGAAUAGCGAGCUGGUGUACGCCCGCAGGAAGCUUGAAGAAAUGAGGAGCCUGAGCUCCAGUGAUCCAGAAGCCACCGUUGUGUCUCCAGUCUCUGGAAGAUCUACCAGCAUCGAAGCUAAAGAACCAGGCCGUCCGCAAGAUCCGUCCCAGCAGCCUGGGGUUUCACGUUUCCAAGAUUCUUCCCCAGUUCCAGAGGCUUCUCCGGAUAUCUCCUCUCUGGGACCGUCGGUCGUCUUUUCUCCUACUUCGCAGGUAUACUGGAAGGACAGGUUUCUGAUGCUGCAAAAGUUUCUGAACCAGUGCGACCAGUCCAGUCAGGAAGAAUACAUCCAGAGUAAGCCACCACUGUGACGAGCUCUCCAGCUUCCUCUCGUGAUUCAGAUACUGACUUCUCCUUUGAAUGAUUUGACCAUCAGUGCUCCGAUCUACAUCAGCCGCGGGCCGCAGUAGGCAUGCAGUCGACCUGGAGAAGAGGGCGAUUCAUCUUCUCCUGGAGGAAGGUAAAAGCGUCUCCGUCUGUGAGAUCUGUUCCUCGGCAUUCUUCAAGAAGCCCUUCUAGGAUUUGUUCCAUCUCUUCUCUGUCACAGGUAAAGAACUGCGCCGGAUGAAGCUUCUGAAUGUCCUGGGGAAGCUUUCGCCCGAGUGA